AAAUUAUUUUGACAACAAAAUAUGGCCAUACAUUUUUGAUAGACAAAAGCGUGCUGAGCUAACCCAAAAUCGUCAAACAGGUCCCAAAAGCACAAGAUCUUGACAAGUAGAUCCUGACUAGAGACUAGAGAGAGCGUAGCGUAGGACGGUAACCCAGAAGGGAGCACAUAGUGUGGUGUAGAUGAUACAACAAUAGCCACACUCCAAAAUAGCAAAAGAGCCCAAACCCCCAUUAUUAUUGAUUGAGAAAUAGAGAAGAUUCGGUGAAAAUAUUCAGCAACAAAAUGGAAGCUCUGCGUCUUUCAACUUCAUUCACAGGGAUCAAUUGUUCAAUUUACAAAACUAGAAGGAGAAUUAAAGUCAACCGAAAUGUCCUGCUCUCUUCAUUGAAACCCAAACCUUCAAUUUCAAUUCGGAGCUCCACUCAGUUCCGCAGUCGCAUCCACUGCGCUGCUUGUAACUGUGGCCACAGUCACCAUGACCAUAGCCAUGAUCAUCAUCACCAUCACCAUCAUGGUCAUGACGACGGGAAACUUACGAAAUCGCAGGAGCUAUUUCUCAAAUUCGCUAGAGCUAUCAGAUGGACCCACUUGGCGAAUAUAUUGAGAGAGCAUUUAGAGCUUUGCUGUUGCUCUGCGGCUUUGUUUAUUGCUGCCGCUGCUUGCCCUUACUUUCUUCCCCAGCCAGCCGUUCUGCCUCUCCAGCGUGUUUUCACUCUCAUUGCCUUUCCUCUCGUUGGGGUCUCAGCAUCACUUGAUGCAUUAAUGGACAUUACUGGUGGCAAAAUAAAUAUUCAUGUACUGAUGGCUCUUGCAGCUUUUGCAUCAGUUUUUAUGGGGAACAUAUUGGAAGGUGGCUUGCUUCUUGCAAUGUUUAAUUUGGCUCAUAUAGCUGAAGAUUACUUCACUAGUCGCUCCAAGGGUGACGUAAAGGAAUUAAAAGAAAACCAUCCAGAAUUUGCUCUUGUGCUGCAUGUUGACAAUCAAACUUUGCCUAGUUUUGCUGACUUGACAUACAGUGAAGUUCCAGUGAGUGACCUGGAAGUUGGCUCAUUUAUAUUGGUUAAAGCUGGUGAGGUCUGUAUCCACACUUCUUUUGGGUUUGGUCGCAUUAAAAACUCGUUUACUUAUUUGUCUAUUUCUUUUGGGUUAUCUGGUGACUUUUUUCCUUCUUUUUCUGCAGCUUGCAGAGGAUCAGUUUACCGAGCAUUGGGCCUCAUGGUGGCUGCAUCACCUUGUGCGUUAGCUGUGGCACCAUUGGCUUAUGCAACUGCCAUCAGUGCCUGUGCAAAAAGGGGGAUAUUGCUUAAAGGUGGAGAAGUUCUUGAUGCCUUGGCUUCAUGUCAUAGUAUUGCAUUUGACAAAACUGGUACACUAACAACUGGGGAGUUCAUGUGCAAAGCAAUUGAACCGAUACAUGGACAUGGAAAAAGAAUUGCUUCUUGUUGUGUCCCCAGCUGUGAGAAAGAAGCACUUGCUGUUGCAGCUGCAAUGGAGAGGGGUACAACUCACCCGAUUGGAAGAGCUGUUGUAGAUCAUAGCACGGGCAAAGACCUUCCUUCAGUUUCAGUUGAAAGUUUUGAGAAUUUACCUGGUAGAGGCAUAUUUGCAACAAUAUCAAGCUUUGAGCCAGGACUCGGAGACGGUAAACCGUGGAAAGCUUUUCUUGGUUCUGUGGAAUACAUCACCUCACUUUUCCACUCUGAAGAUGAAUCGAGAAGAGUUAAGGAGGCAGUAAGCACGUCGUCUUUUGGAGGUGAUUUUGUCCACGCUGCUCUCUCAGUUAAUAAUCAAAAGGUAACUCUUUUCCACUUUGAAGAUAAGCCUCGACCUGGAGUUCUAGACGUUGUACAGACACUGCAGAAUCAAGCUAAACUUCGUGUUUUAAUGUUAACUGGUGACCAUGAGGCAAGUGCACAUAGAGUUGCUAAAGCUGUGGGUAUCAAAGAAGUUAACUGCAGCCUAAAGCCGGAGGAUAAACUUUUUCAUGUUACAAGCAUUUCAAGGGAUACAGGCGGCCUUAUAAUGGUAGGUGAUGGCAUCAAUGAUGCCCCAGCACUUGCUGCAGCUACUGUUGGUAUUGUGCUGGCUGAACGAGCUAGUGCGGCUGCCAUAGCUGUUGCCGAUGUACUGUUGUUACAAGACAAUAUUUCCGGUGUCCCAUUUUGUGUUGCGAAAUCUCGUCAAACAACAUCCUUGAUCAAGCAAAAUGUAGCACUUGCUUUGUCUAGCAUUCUUUUGGCCUCUCUUACAUCAGUAUUGGGAGUCCUCCCACUGUGGUUGACGGUCCUCUUGCAUGAAGGUGGCACGCUUCUUGUUUGUCUCAAUUCUGUUCGUGCUCUAAAUCCUCCAACAUGGUCAUGGAGGGAGGAUGUUUCACAAAUGAUUGACAAAUUGCAUUCUCUAAUUAUGUUCUUGAGGCAUGGCACCCUACCUAGCACCAUUCAAGCAGCCCAUUUGUGAGUAUUGACCUCCUGCACUGUAGCUGUUCACAUGCCAAUUGAGAUGGAGUGACGAAAACUUUGUUGUCAGAAAGUGAAGAAUACUGCACUGUACAUGUUGAGCCGCACCAACUAGAUUGUCAGGUGUACACGUGAGGCUAAAUCAGCCCUAUGUAUAUUCUUUUCCAUGUUUAUGUACUUUGCAUGAUAUUAGGCGGUAUUGAAAUGUUACUGUAAAGAUGUAAGCGGCAAAGCAUCUAAUUUUAAUGCAGGACGUUAGGGAACCAUUAAUCAUAAAGUUGGUUGUCUUGUACCACAUUUGUACAAGUCUCCUAUUGGAAAAAGGAGGUCUUAUCUUUACCUUAA